AUGCCACCCAUCGUUGCGGGGAAGCACCGACGCAAAGUUCGCUUCCCAUCAAGCACAAGCAACACCAACUUGAAUCAACCCCCACCAACCCAAUCUACACUCACCAACCAGAAGCGACCGGGAAAAUCCCGCCCAAGGCCUAAAUUAUCAGCAGCAACUACCGGCAAAAUGUCAAGCCAAGCAGCAACCGCAGUACCCCGACCGGGGAUCCCAGACUUGUUCACCCAGCCGUCGGCCAUUCGUGACCCGCUCGUGACAGAGACUACCGAUCUACAGGAUGCAACGCUUGAAAAGUGCCUGCCGUUCCUAAAAGGGAUCAGCUCGACUCAACAGGGCCCCUUUAAUGCAUAUGGCGUGCCUGCUCUCCAACGUGAUGAUCAUGUAGCUUUUCUCUAUGAUUCCUUAGAAGAUUAUCCAGCCGGUUUUGUCAUCUUGGACGCUAGUCGUCCGUGGAUGGCAUAUUGGGGUUUAACAGGCUUGUUCCUGAUGGGAGAAGAUCCCACUCGAUUCCGAGAACGCUUAAUUGAUACCCUUCGUCCCGCACAGAACUCCACCGGAGGCUUUGGUGGCGGUCGUGGCCAAAUAUCCCACCUUGCUGGAAGCUAUGCAGCCGUUCUCUCGCUUGCUAUUGUUGGAGGCGAGGAUACCUAUGCGUUAAUUGAUCGGCAAGCAAUGUGGCAAUGGCUGGGCCGCUUGAAACAAGCCGAUGGAGGCUUUCGCGUCUGUGAAGGCGGGGAAGAAGACGUGCGAGGCGCAUACUGCGUCAUGAGUAUCAUUUCUUUACUCGAUUUACCUUCCGAGUUGCCUCCGGAUUGUGAAGCCCGGAAGUCCGGAUUGACGACUUUGACUGAUGGUCUGGCACAAUACCUAUCACGAUGCCAAACUUUUGAGGGCGGUAUCUCCGGGAGCCCUGGCGUAGAGGCGCAUGGAGCAUAUGCAUACUGCGCUUUAGCAUGUUUGGCUCUCUUGGGACCCCCGGAGGAAAUCAUUGUCAGGCAUAUGAAUCUUCCAUUGCUUCUAUCAUGGCUAUCAUCCCGUCAAUAUGGUCCAGAGGGUGGAUUCUCAGGAAGAACAAAUAAAUUAGUAGACGGAUGCUACAGCCAUUGGGUUGGCGGGUGCUGGCCAAUUAUCCAGUCUGCCCUAGACGGCAAACCACAAGGCAGUGCCCCCCCAGCCACGACAGUAGGCAGUCUCUUCAGUCGCGAAGGUCUGAGCCGAUAUAUUCUCAGCUGCUGCCAGUCCCCCACUGGCGGUCUUCGCGACAAACCCGGCAAGCUUGCUGAUUCUUACCACACCUGCUACGUGCUUGCGGGCUUGAGCGCCAUGCAGCACUACCAUUAUCGCACGGACUCAGCAACAGGGUCCAACAAGUCCUGGGCAUCCGCAUUCACCUGGCGCUCAACCCCGAUCAGAGAAGACAAUGUAUAUGAGAAGAGCGACCGUCUCGCACCACUCCAUCCUCUGUAUGGAAUUCCAUUCCCAAGUGUUGAUGAGAUGCGGCUCUGGUGUGAAGCCCAUCCCAUUACGCCCUAG